UCAUGCUAAUGAGGCAGUCGGGCCUCGCUCGCUGUGCCCGCGGCUCCUCCGAGCCCCGGCGAGGCGGCGGCGACGAAAGCCAUGGCCGGGGCGUUGGCCGGUCUGGCCGCGGGCUUGCACGGCCCGCGGGUCGUCCCCAGCCAAGACUCGGACUCAGACACGGACUCGGAGGACCCGAGUACUCGGCGCAGCGCGGGCGGGCUGCUCCGCUCGCAGGUCAUCCACAGCGGUCACUUCAUGGUGUCGUCGCCGCACAGCGACUCGCUGACCCGGCGGCGCGACCAGGAGGGACCCACGGGGCCCGCAGACUUCGGGCCGCGCAGCAUCGACCCCACACUCACCCGCCUCUUCGAGUGCAUGAGCCUGGCCUACAGCGGCCAGCUGGUGUCUCCCAAGUGGAAGAAUUUCAAAGGCCUCAAGCUGCUCUGCAGGGACAAGAUCCGGCUCAACAACGCCAUCUGGAGGGCCUGGUACAUCCAGUAUGUGGAGCGGAGGAAGAGCCCCGUGUGUGGCUUCGUGACCCCCCUGCAGGGGCCUGAGGCUGAUGAACACCGGAAACCGGAGGCCGUCGUCCUGGAGGGCAAUUACUGGAAGCGGCGCAUCGAGGUGGUGAUGCGCGAGUACCACAAGUGGCGCAUCUACUACAAGAAGAGGCUCCGUAAAUCCAGCAGGGAAGGGGAUCUCCUGACCCCAAAGCAGGCCGAAGGGGGUUGGCAGCCACCGGAGCGAUGGUGCGAGCAGCUCUUCUCCAGCGUGGUGCCCGUGCUGCUUGGGGGCCCAGAGGAGGAGCCCGGCGGGCGGCAGCUGCUCGACCUCGAUUGCUUUUUGUCCGACAUCUCCGACACGCUCUUCACCAUGACGCAGCCCAGCUCUGCGCCCCUGCAGCUGCCCCCUGAGGACGCCUACGUGGGCAAUGCUGACAUGAUCCAGCCAGACCUGACGCCUCUGCAGCCCAGCCUGGACGACUUCAUGGAGAUCUCGGAUUUCUUCACCAGCUACCGCCCUCCACCGACGCCCACGGCUUCACACUUCCCGGAGCCCCCCGGCUUUGGCCCCAUGGCUGACCCUUUCUUCAGCAGUGGGGUCUUGGGCUCCGAGGUGCCCCCUGCCUCGUCAGGCGUGAGCCACCUCUCCGGGCACAACCGCCUGCAGGCCCGGAGCAGCUGCCCUGGCCCCGUGGAUUCCAGUGCCUUCCUGAACUCUGAUUUCCUCCUUCCUGAAGACCCCAAGCCCAAGCUCCCACCCCCACCAGUCCCCCCACCCCUGCUCCAAUACCCUGCCCUUGCCAAGGGGCCUGGCCUAGAGCCCUGUCCGGCCCCCACCUUCCCUCCCAUGGCGCCGGCCCCUGCUUUGCUGCCGGAGGAGCCUCUCUUCGCCCCCAGAUUCCCCUUCUCCACUGUCCCUCCCGCCCCAGGAGUGUCCCCAUUGCCUGCUCCCACCGCCUUCCCAUCCACCCCACAGCCAGGUCCAGGCCCGGCCCCUGCCCCCUUCCCCAUAGACCUUCUGCCCUCAGGGUAUCUGGAGCCCCCUUUUGGGCCCCACUUCCCAGUGCCCCAAGGUAUGCGGCCCAGAGGCAGGUCCCCCACCCCAUCCCCUAGAGGGCAGAAGCCCAGCCCCCCGACCUUGGCCGCCACCACUGCCAACCCCACUGCCACUGUCGGGGGCAGCAACCCCUGCCUCACGCAGCUGCUCACAGCAGCUAAGCCCGAGCAGACCCUGGAACCGCCGCUUGUGUCCAGCACCCUCCUCCGGUCCUCAGGGUCCCCGCAGGAGACGGCCCCUGAAUUUCCCUGCACCUUCCUACCCCCGACCCCGGCCCCCACGCCGCCCCGGCCACCUCCAGGCCCGGCCACACUGGCCCCUCCCAGGCCCCUGAUUGUCCCCAAAGCGGAGCGGCUCUCGCCCCCAGCGCACAGUGGUAAAGAGGGCUUGCAGGGCGGCGGGUGGGAUGCCCGGGAAUGGAGAGAGGGGAAGGAAGAAAGGGGGGCUCCAUCUGAGGCCAGGACGAGAGGGACAGGGCCAUGGGACCCUCUGCCCUGUGUCGGUCUGUCUGUGGGUGUGUCUGUCCCUGCCACAGGUGGUGAGCGGCGGCUGUCUGGGGACCUCAGCUUCGCACGGGGCCCAGGGACUCUGAGUGUCUGCGUCUCUCCCCCUCAACCCAUCCUGAGCCGGGGCCGUCCAGACAGCAACAAGACCGAGAGCCGGCGCAUCACCCACAUCUCUGCGGAGCAGAAACGGCGCUUCAACAUCAAGCUGGGCUUUGACACCCUGCAUGGGUUGGUGAGCACCCUCAGCGCCCAGCCCAGCCUCAAGGUGAGCAAGGCGACCACGCUGCAGAAGACGGCCGAGUACAUCGCCAUGCUCCAGCAGGAGCGGGCGGCCAUGCAGGAGGAAGCGCAGCAGCUACGGGACCAGAUAGAGGAGCUCAACGCCGCCAUCAACCUGUGCCAGCAGCAGCUGCCUGCUACCGGGGUGCCCAUCACACACCAGCGUUUCGACCAGAUGCGAGACAUGUUUGAUGAAUACGUUCGCACCCGGACGCUGCAUAACUGGAAGUUCUGGGUGUUCAGCAUCCUCAUUCGGCCUCUGUUUGAGUCCUUCAACGGGAUGGUGUCCACAGCAAGCUUACAGAGCCUCCGCCAGACCUCACUGGCUUGGCUGGACCAGUACUGCUCCCUGCCUGCCCUCCGGCCAACUGUCUUGAACUCUCUCCGCCAGCUGAGCACAUCUACUAGUAUCCUGACGGACCCAGGCUGUAUACCCGAGCAAGCCACGCGGGCAGUCACAGAGGGCACCCUUGGCAAACCGCUAUAGUGCCGGCUGGACACUGCCACUCGCUCGGCUACCCCGGAGCUGCUUUCCCUGGGUGUGGGCUCCAGGGACAACAUCUGGGCACUCCCUUCCUGCCCCGGGCCCCGGCUGUCCUCUGUCCUGAGGGUCUAGCAGGGCCCAAAUCUCUUCCACCUCCUGAAAGCCAGGAAGAGCUACUUUCUAAGUCGCUGCCCCACCAGUGAUGAACACUGUGACCUGGGAGACUCGUGCUGUCUCUUGGGACCUCCAUUUUCUAGUCUGCAAAAUGGGGCUAGGGAAGAUUCCACAGAUGAUGAUCCCAAGGCCUUCGUAGCUGUGACCCUUAGGACCGAAGCUGGCAACUCAGGGAGCUUGGAGGAGGAAGGGGGAUGAUCCUGUUCCCCUGCUCCCUGCUUCCCAACCCCACCCCGUUAGGACGCAGGCCUCUGUUUCUCAGCAGAGAGGCAGAAAAGGAGGUUCCCACUCUCGGCUCCUUCGCUGGCCGCCCAUUGGGGAGUGGGGUGCUGCAGGAUGGCAUUCCUGGGUGAGGCCAGGAAGGUCAGAUCCCAGGAGAGAGCAGGGCGGGGGUGGGGGGGUGGCAGGUAGCCAAACCAGGGACAGGCAUCUCGUGUGCAUGUGAAUGCGUGUGUAUAGAUUUUGUAAAGAAUUCUUGCCAAUAAAACCAAAAACUGUUGGGGACUGUCCGGGUGUCUCACUCUGGGAUGGAGAGAGAACCAGGUGAGAGUGGGAGAUGGCCUUGAAAGGACCUUAGCUUUUCCUCCGAGCCGGAAGGCACUGGAAGGUUUUGUGUAGGGGUAGAGUAGAAGGGGCAAGGCACUCUGAUGGAACCAUCCAGAAGGAGAAGGUGCUGCCACUGGAGGGUAGUGACCUUCCCAUUAGGCGAGAUGUGCGAGCAGAGGGUGCGUAGCCGCUUGGUGGGAA